AAAGUAUCCCUGUAUACCAGAAAGAUGUCAUUAAUAGCUAUUACAGUCAUUUUCUCUCUGGCUGCUUCCACUUUACAAGUUAGUUGGCCUCGAGGGACAUAUACCCUCGUAAAACCUAAAUCUGGAUGUCCCCGGGGCUGGCUUGAGGGAUGGAGACAUCAGGACAGUGAAGACACACACAAUAAAAUUUUUUUCACUCCAAGGCACCACUUUGCAGGUUCUUUCCGUAGUGGAGGCGUCAAGUAUCAAUAUUGUACCAAGGACCCACAUCAAUUCAGCAACAGAAAUUAUUGGCCCAGGGGAAACUACUGCAUCCUGAAACACGGACCUUCAUGCCCAAGAUGUAAGAACUUUUAAAGUAAUACACGCCACAUGA